CCGCGCAAACAGGCAGCACACGAAAUUUACAUAUUUAAUCAGCCGGGUUUGCAAAUUUUUCGCUUUCUUUCCUUCCUUCCUUCCUUGGUUAUUUAAAAUUUCUAAUUGUACAAGUUUACAUUUUCGGUGACCUAGGAUGCAGUUCCAGUUGCAGUCAUCAUCUUCUUCGACCCCCACUUUUCCCAAUCUGAGCACGGCAGCAGCUCCCCACAAUUUGUCAGACGAUAAUACCCCCAUCUCAAAAGCUUUGAGCAAUCCAUUGAUUCGUGACCUCAUAUUUGCCCAGCUGACCGUCUCCGAGCUGAAAUCGGCUCGCCUCGUGUGUCGCGAGUGGGCCGAGGUGGGCACCAGUUUUCUCGGAAACCGCACCUUUCUCAACCUCACCCAAUUUUUCCGCUACGUCGCCCCAAACUUGUACGAAGUGACCCCCGUGGCUCAAAAUCUGAUGCGGCACGUCACCAUCACGGAUAAAUUUCACCCCUCCAUCCCCCCCAAAAGGAGGCUGCCGUCAUGACUCAAGUUUUCGAGCACGUGUCCCAAUCCACUCGCCAAAUCCACUUUGACAUCGAGCAGAUUAAAUUCGUCACCAGCUUUGUCAACGGGAUGAGGAAGCUCGGAGAUCUCCCCAAUUUGGAACAUAUUUCCAUAUCCGUCUUCUGGAUGGGGGGGAUAGGCGUUUACCCAGCCUAUAAGAAGCUACCCCUGCUAACUAACCUCACCUCACUCACUUUCCACCUUAACGGUCACGUUCAACAGGCAAGUUACGGAUUUCAGCCCCUCCUCCAAAUCUUGAUCGACUCGGCACCUAACCUCACCUCUUUAAACGUCCGCUCGUCUUCCUACCCUAAUCUGGAGGGGUGCAAAAAAAACCUUAAAGUUCUCAAAUUCGUCUUGGUCAAGCCUGCCCCUUCCUUUCUUCUGGACUUCAACCCUGCCAUCAAAAUGUUGGCGGAGGUGAAGGAUUCUCUAAUCGAGAUGGAAUUUAGGGAUGAAAUACCGGCCAUGCUACACAGCCAUAAUCUGGAGGAGUUGGACGUCCCCGUGAUGUCGAAAAUGACCUCUGUCACCAUCCACCCGGCAGCAACGUACUUAUUUCCCGACUUCUUUAACGAGGACCACCUCCCAAGACUGGAAAGUCUAUUUCUCAGCGUCACCAAUCGGUCAGAGGGGUUGGCUUUGUCACCCCAUUUAAACCUGUGGAAGCCACAUGGCGGAGUUAAAUCUCUCAAGUUACAACUCGGUGAGGUCGAUGCAAAUGAGAUCGGGCGACAGAUUGUCGCACUAUUUCCCUCCGUUACGAAAUUUGAGCUAAUAUCCUCCCUCGGGUGUAACAAUUCCGUCCUUGGGAUAAACCAGAUGAUGCCCCCGUACCAAAAGUGGGACCUGGAAGAAGCCCUCGUUUCCUGGGAAGGGGUUCAUACAGCCGAUACGUUAGUGGCAGUCCUGAAAAAUAUGGCAGCUUGGAAAGGGGACAAAAGUAUCGAGUUCACGUCCACCUGGGUCAUGAAGGAUGACUUUUUUCCCUCCAUUAAAGAUCUCAUCGUACACAGUACGGGAUUUAAAAGUGUCCAAAUCUCCGGUGGUUAUUGGGGUGUGGUGCCGGAAAUUCUGGCAGUAAUACAACCAAUACUUGAAGGUAGUGGUGCUCCAAUCCGUAUCACGGGAGGGGUCGUUUCCAGCGCGUAGCCAGGGAUAAGUUGGAAAAGGCGACUUUAAACCAUACUUCGUCAAGAUUUUUGGCAUUUUUUAUUUUUUCUGAGACUCAAUUUCAAGGGCAACCAUUUCCAUUCUUUGUAUGCAUAAAAGUUACAUUCGAAUUAUUAUAGUUCUAAUUAGACAUUAAAAUUAAUACAACAUUUUGUCAACAUUCUAACUCUGAAUGAAUUAUGUACAUAGUUACACAUAUAUAAUUAAUGUAUGUACAAAUUAAGAAACAAAUAUGUAAGUUAAGAGUAUCAACGCCACACACAACUACAUAUGUGUAAAUGUUAAAUUUAAAUGUUAAAUAAACUUUGUAACAAUAAUUUAA